UUUCAAGAGCUGUGGUUUCAAAAAAAAAUUUAAAGCUUGAUUGCUCUGAAUUUGAUACUUUAAAAAUAAAUAGGGCCGUGGACAGCACCUACGGUAACUACCGAUCACCACAGACGAUAAAUGUAAAAAAUCUGUAGAUGUCAGAAAAAAAGAGAGUCAAAAAUUUAUUAGUUGUCAUCAAGAUUCCAAGAAUAAUAAUUCCAUAUUUGAAAAGACUAAAAAGUAAAAAAUCUUACACAAAAUAUUCAUAGCUACUUGUCAUAUAUACCUAGAGAAUCUUUGGUAGUGAUCCCACACAAAACCUGUAUAUAUAAAUACUUACAAAUAUGUGAGAGAGAAUAUAUAUAAAAAAAACCCUAGUUUCACUUGGAAAAAUCUGAGAUCCCUAAAAACAUUACGGUAUGACGACAGAUAUGGUGAUUACAAGUAAGCGACCCCGGGCUCCAAGCUUUGCCGAUAAGCAUCCUGAUUACGCGGAGGAGACUCGCGCUGCCACCACCAUUGGUGCCGAUUGGUUCCAGGAGAAAGGGAAGGAUGAAGGUAAGCUCAAAACGUUUCUUGAGCAAUGCGGUUUCUGCAAGAAGAAGCUACGUCACGACGAGGCCGUUUUCAUGUACGGCUACUUUGGGGCAUUCUGUUCAAAAGCGUGUAGAGCAAAACAGAUGGCAUGCGAUGUCUUUAUUGAAAAAUCACGAGACAUUGUAAAAGCAAAGAAGGGAAGAACAUGUACUUCGGGAAUCAAACCAAAAGAAGAUGAACCAUUAGGCAAUCGAGAGAUGAUCUCAUCACCACCGCGAUUUUAUAUAUGAUUGGUGAUGAUGUGAUUAAGGGUUAGUGUAUAUAUACUUGUGUAAAAAGCCAUUAGUUUGUCGCCAAGCGAAAUGGCUUUACCAUCCAUAAAGUUGACAUCGGCAAUUACUAUUUGUUUUGUCGAUCAACAGGAGGGGGUUUAGUAGUGUAUUUGCCAGUCUAUAAUUUUCCUUUUAUUUACUUUAGUAAUCAGUAAGUGUUUUUGUCUUUGUCAUUGUGUUGUAUUCAUGUGGGAUAUAUAAGUCAAGACUCAUAUUCAGAGCCUGUAAACAAGACAGAAAAGAAUAAAAAGAGUCUACCCAAAACUUUUGAUAGCAUUGAUUGAUAUUAAAAGUGAAAAGCUCGUCUUUGUUUUCUUGGCAAAGGAAGGAAAAAAACAAAACACAUUCAUAUGUUUGGUACAACAAAAUCUAAUUGAGCAAAAAGUUGAGAGAGAACGUGAGUGAAGGUGGAGGAG